AUGAAGGAAGGCUAAAAUAUAAAAGUUGUUGCUAGAUUAAGGCCACUCAACUCGCUUGAAAUGUAACAAGGAGGGGAAUGCUGUGUUACAUAUAACGAUAAAUAAAUUACUGUCACAGUAUGAGAUCUGAGUCUAUCAAUUAAUUUAGGUUGGCACCAAUGAUAAACAAGAUUUUACAUUCGAUCGCAUAUUUGGACCAGAUUCAGAAUAAGCAGAUGUAUUUGAGGAAGUAGGAAGACCCAUUUUAGAUAGUGUGAUGAAUGGCUAUAAUGGAACUAUUUUUGCAUAUGGCUAAACUUCAUCAGGAAAAACAUUUACGAUGGAAGUAUUAUACAUAAUUAAAAUAUGUAGGGCCCAGAUAAUCCCAAUGAAAGGACUAAAGGAUUAAUACCAAGAGUCAUGACUGAAUUAUUCGAUGUUGUGCAUAGCAAAUCCGAUGAUUUGAUAUAUAUAGUAAAGGUGUCGUUUUUGGAGAUUUACAACGAGAAAAUAAUGGAUUUAUUAGAUACUAACAAAACAAACUUAAAAAUAAAGGAAGAUAGACUAAGAGGAAUUUUUGUAUAGAAUCUCACUGAGAUUAAAGUUGAAUCUCCAGAAGAAAUGAAAUAAGUGAUGUUGACAGGGUCAAACAAUAGAACUAUAGCUGCUACCAGAAUGAAUGAAAGAUCCUCCAGAUCCCAUUCUUUAUUCCAAAUUUAAGUGAGUGAAAAAAAUAUAAAAACAGAUUCUAGUAAACUCAGCAAGUUGUACUUUGUGGAUUUGGCAGGAUCAGAAAAAGUAGCAAAAACUAAUGUUUCUGGUUAACAACUAGAAGAAGCAAAGAAUAUUAAUAAAUCAUUAACUUGUUUAGGUAUGGUUAUUAAUGCUUUGACUUCUGAUAAAAAGGAACAUAUACCCUAUAGAGACUCUAAAUUAACCAGAAUUUUAAGCGAAUCACUUGGAGGGAAUGCAAAAACCACUUUAGUAGUGGCUUGUUCAAUGUGUUCGUAUAAUGAUAAAGAAACAUUGAGUACCUUAAGAUUUGGAGCAAGGGCCAAAGCUAUCAAAAAUAAACCUACUAUUAAUGCAGAGAAAAGUGCUAAGGAAUUGCAAGCCUUGCUAGAUAUUGCUGAGCAAAAAAUAUUAGAAUAGGAUGAAAUUAUAAAUAAAUUAAUGGAGAAAGUAGAGAACAACAACACUUCAGUUUCCUUUGAUAAGGGGAAUUCAAAUUAUGGAUCUUAAUAAAAUAUAACUUAAUCUAAAUAACAUUCUUCUCUAUAAUUAUUAAAAGAACAUAAAUUAGUUGUAAAUUUAUAAGAAGAAUUAGAAUUUCAAAAAACAGAAAUGGCUGCUCUUUAAAUUAAUUAUUAAAGUAGAAUUGAUGAGUUAUAAGAUAAAAUUGUAAAAUAGAAGUUCAAUGAUGAACAUUUAAAAUAAUAAUUGUCUGAAUGCCUAAAAAAUAAUUAAAAGUUCAUUUUUGAAAAUGAAUAAUUAAAAACUCAAAUAUUAGAGAAUGAAUAAAAAUUGUUUGAUUUUCGUAGGGCUCUCUCCUCAACCAAGCAAGAUUUGGAUUUCUUCCUUGCUAAUCUCAAUCUCAAGAAUUAAUUCAAUUAUUGUCCUUCAGAUUCAGAAUCAACAAAGGACAUAUUCAUGACUGAACAAUAUGACAAGGAUAUUGAGGAAAGAACAUUCCAAAGCAUAAUUAAUUUCACAGAAACACUAACAAAAUUAGAUUCAGUUCUAACAAAGGAUCUUAGUUCAGAUUAAGUAGUUACUCAAUUAGCAAACUCAUAGAACAAGAAAAAGAAUGUAUCAUUUCAAUUAGAUUCCUAACCUCCAUCACCAAAAUCCAAUAAAUUAUUAGAUAUUGAUAAUUUCUCAUUUUAAACAGACGAAGAUGAAUUAAACAUUAAAUUUGAUGAAAAUGAAUAAACUUUAAUAAAAUCAACUUAAGAAAAUGAGGAGAUAUCUGACGUUGAAAAAUUAUUGGCCAUGCUUGGGGAUAAAAUGGAAGAUCCACAUGUGCUCUAUCAAAUACAGGAAGUGAUGUCCAAAUUAAGGAGAUAACUUUAAAUUGAAUAAGAAAAGGUUCAGGAAAUAUAUUAAAUCAUGGUUACAGUUAAAGAUUAGUUUUCCAUGUAUCAAAUAAAAGAAAGAGAGAAAUUGUAAAAGUUGAAACUAUCUUAUACUUAAAAAAAGAGCGAAAUGGCUUAAUCGAAAUAGAAUCUUGAAAAAUAAUUAGUAAAUUUUGUUGAUUUAAAAAUUUUAGGAAGAUUUAACUAUUGAUUUUCAGAAAUAUAAGUAUGACUCAGAGAAAUAAUAAUAAUUUCUAACUUAAAUUAAUCAGCAAUUGAUGUUUACUUUAGAGACCCAAAAAUCUUAGUAUUAUAUCAUUCUUAUUUUUUAUAUUGUAACAACAGGAAAGUUCAUCUUUUAAUCCUCUCUCCAGAGAAUACCAACUAGAAUGUACUGUCAAGUAGUUGAUGCAAGAAAGGAAUGAAAUGCACAAUUCAUUAUUAUAAACGAGAUAAUAGUUGGAAAAUGCCAUCAAAUAAAAAAACUCCUAGGCUGAAGAAAUUAUUAAGUUGCAAAAGAAAAUCGAUACCAUCGAACUGUAAUAGUAACAUAAGAAGCUCUAGGAAUAAGAUUUCUUUCGACAGUAAUUCCAAAGGGGAUUCAGUAGAGAUACAAAAAAAAGUACCUUAGAGGCUUAAGGAUGGAGUUUCGACUAAAUUAUUAAAGAUGAUCAUGCAAGGAACAUUGCAAGAUUAGAAACAGUUUUAGGAUAUUCUGAAUUAGAAACAAUCUAAACAGGAGCCUGUGUAGGAAAAGCAAGCCUAAUAAUAGAUGAGUUUUAGGUAAUUUUCAUGCUAUAAUACAGAAAAUAUAUAACAUAAGCAGUCAGUAAUAAAGAAAUGAAUCGGAGUUUGAUGAUCUCAGUCCAGUCAUUGGUACACGCACCAUAAUUUCAAAAGAAAUUGGAGAAUGCUAAGGAAAAAAUACAGAGAUAUUCGAUUAACCUAAAUAAUAAUCAGAAUAAAUAAGCAUAGCAUUAGACGUAAUAUUUAAAUUAAUGGAAGGAAUUUCACGAAUAACUAGUCGAUGACAUUGGAACGACCCCUUUUAGAAGAAUUCUAAGAAAGUUACUCUCCUGAUUGA